UUUGCACGUGAAAAAUUCAGUCUCUUCGCAGUUGCAUAAGUUGAAUGAAAUCAGUAAAAAGUAACUAAAUACAUUUGAAAACAACUGAAACUAAUCAGCGCCUUGCCACUCUCAACUCAAUAAAUUCUUGUUUAAAAUUCUUUAAGCUGGCGUUGUGACGGGUUGAUUUCGUGAUCGUGUUAACUCGAUUUAACGGUUUAUCGGGAAAUUAACUCAGUGAUUUGUGUCAAGUAUUUGUUAAAUACAAAAAAAUUUACAAAAAUAAAUUUGUUGAGAAUUACACUAAAUUAUUACAAUAUUAUUACAAUUUCACAAAUAAAUAUAUAAUUAAAUUUUUUUAAACAACUGUAAUUCAGUGUUGAGCAAAGCGCACAGACAUAUUUGCCUACCAAAAUACAAAAAUAAAUCUACUUUAGUGCAAAAUUUACUAAAAGUUGCGAAAAAUUCUACAACAAAACUUAAAACUAAAAUUAAUCAAGACAUGAUUAAUUUCUAGCAGUAAUUAACAUUUAAGCUUACGAAAAAAACUUCAAAUCUAAAAUAAACAAAAUCGCCAUAAAAGUUGUCAAAGCACGCCAAGUGCACCUGCUUCACCCAAAAUCUAGAAUUCAAUUCGCUCGAGCUCAGUACGCUAAGCCUCGCUUCCGCGACAGUGAAAAACAGUAAUCGAUUUUAUCUCAAACGCGGUUCAUUCUUUGGCGCUAUUUUACUUCGACGUCCCUCACCGGCUUUCGCACACGUUUACACUAGAGCUUAAAAGACUAAACUGCCGUCGGAAAAUUAGUGCUGAAAAGUUGAAAUCUAUGCAAAACUUGUUGCGCGCUUCCAUUUCUUAGUGCUUUGGCACUCUUAUUGUGAAAUUCUUUUUAAACGUAUAAUUCCUCUCCAGCCGUUACACUGAGCCACGCUCAGUUUGAUUUUCCGCUGUUGCCUGUAUACGAUAAAAACUUCAAGACGGUUGCCUCACGGUUUGAGUGGAAUGAGCAUAGGGACUCUGGUCUUCCUUUCGAUAGAUCGGUUUUCAAAGUCGUUAAACUGAGCCCCAACUUGGAGCCCUACCCCGCCAGCGUGGAGGGCCUGAACAGCCCUAGAGCGGUGGGGAUGGCCGCCACCUCGUACAUGACACCUUCAAGUGGUGAUCUCGAUAUGGCAUUAGGUGGCGGCUACCACACCUCUUCGCCUCGCUCAGCCACGGAUGCCGGUGAAAUGAAAUAUAUGCAACAUCAUCAUCACCACCAUGCGGCCGCUCAUCAUCAACUGCCUUCCUCACCUAGUCCAAAUGCCGUCGGCGGUGCAGCCACAGGUGUAUCAGCGAGUGGUCUCAGUUCAGUAACGCCAACUGGUGGUCUUGGCUCGAAUCCCUGGACCGCAUUACAUACAACAGACCACUGGGCACUGCCUACACAUCAUACGCAUCAUCAUCCGGCUGAUGCGGUAAAACAAGAAAUGUCACACUUAACACAACAAUCACGAGUACAGCAAGGUAUGGCUUCACCUCAUGCCUGGCAUGCCCCAGUACAUGCAGCUGCACACUAUCCACCUACAGGCAGCUCUCCACUGCAAUAUCACCCUGCUAUGAACGGCAUGUUACAUCAUCCGGUACAUGCAGCACAUCACCAAGGCGUAGCGUCCCUACAUCAUCCAUUACGAGGCGAAUCACCACAAUUACACAUACAUCCACAUCAUUUACAAGGUGAUCGUGACGUUAGUGGUGGUGAGGAAGAUACACCCACCUCCGAUGAUUUGGAAGCAUUCGCUAAACAAUUCAAGCAGCGACGUAUAAAGCUGGGUUUUACACAAGCUGAUGUAGGCUUAGCAUUGGGCACAUUGUACGGUAACGUCUUCUCACAGACCACUAUCUGUCGUUUCGAGGCUUUACAAUUAAGUUUUAAGAACAUGUGCAAACUGAAGCCGCUCUUACAGAAAUGGCUUGAAGAGGCUGAUUCCACUACUGGCUCACCGACCAGCAUCGAUAAGAUAGCGGCUCAAGGACGUAAACGCAAGAAACGCACUAGCAUCGAAGUAAGUGUAAAAGGCGCACUCGAACAGCAUUUUCAUAAGCAGCCCAAACCUUCCGCACAAGAGAUCUCCUCCCUAGCAGAUUCACUACAAUUGGAAAAAGAAGUAGUGCGAGUGUGGUUUUGUAAUAGACGCCAAAAGGAAAAGCGUAUGACACCGCCAAAUACGAUGGGUGGUGAUAUGAUGGAUGGCAUGCCACCAGGUCAUAUGCAUGGUUAUCACCCGCACCACGAUAUGCACGGUAGUCCAAUGGGCACACACAGCCACAGUCAUAGUCCGCCAAUGCUUAGCCCACAAAACAUGCAGUCGGCUGCGGGGCAUCAGCUUACGGCUCACUAGCAAUCAGAAAUCCAGGAGUCGAACUCAGCUGCAGCUGCGUCCACUCCUGCAUCCCUACACCAGCAACAAGCACACCAACAUCAACAACAACAUCACCAACAUCACACACCCAAUACACCGUCGUCCUCGGCAGGUUCCUCGACGACAAUGACAACAAAUGUGCUAUCGCCACAAAGUCCGCUCGGAGUUAGCGCUGCUGGUAACAACAACAACAAUAAUAAUAAUGGUAACAACAAUAAUAAUAACAACAACGAUACUGAUCACUUAACUCAGGUGAAACAACAGCAACAAGCAUCAUCAAUAGCAGCCGCUGCAGCAGCUGCUAUGUACAUUGAUCCGAUGCGUUAUCAACAUCAUCAGCAUCCACAUUUAAAUCCUGCGCAUCAUCCACACCUCUUUCACACCAGCGAACAGCAGCAUUCCGCACUGCAACAUCCCGCCGCACAUCAUCAACACCUGCAACAGCCACAGACCUCACCGGGCAGUGGUAGUGGUGUGCUGCAAGCACCCUCCUCCUCACCAUCGUCAGCGUCGUCUGUGUUAGGCGUUAGUGGUGCUGCCGGCAUGCAUCACCUUAAUCUCAAUCCGCAUACACUUCACCAACAUCACCACCAUCAACAGCAACAUCAUCAUCAGCAACAACAGCAACAAUUACAUGCGCGACGUUUGUUCGAAUGGAGUCUACAGUUUGGCGCUGCACCCGGUGCUGUGCGACACUUUAACUCAUUCGGUGGUGGUGGCGAAUAGCAUUCAACAGCGGCAGCAGCAGCGUCUGCUGCUUGGUUCGGUUACGAGUCCUCUUAAGAGCGUUUAGGGUAGCAGGAAACCAAAUUUAUUCCCAAAAAUAGAGACUGCAAGGCGGACAUAAUUCGAUUGAAAAGGAAAUAGAAUGGGUUACAGCAAAUAAUCGGUCGGUCGGGUAAUCGAUCGGUUGACUAGUUGCUAAGUCCGUUUGUCGGUGAGUCGGUCUGACAUUGUAGUUUAUUGGCAUCUCGCCAGAGCUAUACCAGUGCAUUAAUCUGUGUUAAAUAAAAAUAAUUUAGUUUACUUAAUUAAAAUGCGCCAUCUUACGUAGGCGGCGCCAGUCAUAGUCGCAGUCGCUGCCUAGGGCAUGGGAAAGGGCACAAGUUAGGCUUGGGCCAAAAGUCCAAAAUUUUGAAAAAUUUGAAAAAUGAAAAUUAUUUAAAAAAAAAACAAAAGAAAAUGUUUAAAAAAC